AUGGGUGACAUCCCCUCGCUCACUUCAAGUCAGCGGUAUGUGAUGACACCAAUGACAGGACAAAUGCCGACAAGACGAGCCACAGAGACUGCAAUGGAAGAAACAGAUGACGUGUUGUUGAUGGAUAUGGUAAAAUUGCAAUCUGAUGGUGGGAUUUGUUUGGGUGCAUUUGGUGACGUUGGGAAGAUGACGGCAAAGACAGUCGACUUUUUGAUUCACGUGCUGGAAGAUAGAAAGCAAGAACUGGUGAUGAAUGGUGAGGACAAGAACGGUAGUGAAAGGACAAGUGAUGCUGGCAAGGACGACACGUCAAAAGAGGGAAAAGACUCGUCCGUCUCUCGAAUAUUUUCAUUUGGCACAACCACUAAUGACGGUGCCGACGUGACGGAGUUGGUUCGAUCUCACUCUUAUGAAGCGUUGGUGCAGUUGGAAGAAAUUUUAGAAGCACGACACAACAGACUCAUGAACGAUGGAAUGCUAGAGUCUACUGAUGAUAGAGUCGACUGA